AGGAGAUUGGUUGUUUACCCAAAAGGAAAUGAAGAGGACAAUGGAAGGGGCUUUGUUUCAAUGUAUGUGGAAUGUCUCUCAUCCACAACACCACCCAUUGACGUGUUUGCUUAUCUCACUUUCUUUGUCUUUAGCGAGGAAGAGAAGAAGUACCUCUCUAUUCAAGAUGUUGAAGUAAAGCGUUUCAAUACUUCUAAAACGGUUUGGGGAUUGUCAAAAGCUCUUUCGAUUGAAACACUCAAAGACUGUGCAAAGGGAUUUAUCUUGUACGGAGAACUACAUGAGUUUGGUGCUCAUGUGAAGAUUGUUUCACGACCCGUCUCUUUUGGUGAAGAUCUCCAUUUUCACAAAUUCUCAUGGACUAUUCGUGAUUUCUCCCUUCUCAGACAGAAUGAUUGCGUUUCGAAAACCUUUCACAUGGGAGAAAAGGAUUGGACUCUAACUUUGUAUCCAAAGGGGGACUCUAGAGCAGAUGGCGAGUUAUCCCAGCAUUUGCAUUUAGCCGACGGUGAAACUUUAUUCAAGGGUGAGCUGAUUUUCGUUCGAGUAAACCUGCAGGUUCUAGACCCGCGUGGAUCCGAUCACCUAACAGGAAGCAUUAACGGUUGGGUCAUGGCCUCGACCAAAGCGAUGUGUCUUCCUCAAUUCAUGCCUUUAGCUAAAAUUCAGGGGUCUUACUUGGACCGUGAAGGUACUUUGGAGGUAGAGAUCGAAUGUGAAGUUGUUAACUCCAUCAAAAACCAUCCCUGUUUUUAGGAUAUCUACCAUGCCAUGUCUACUACUCUAGGACUUACCUACUCUGUUUGUUGCGUAGAGAUUGAAAUGUGAAGUUAACGCUCUAUAUAUGUGAAGUUAACGCUCUAUCUAUGUUUUUAGGAUAUCUAUUAAUCUAUCAUGCAUGUCUGAGUCUGACUAUUGUAUGUUUGUAUGACUUUUCAUGCGUUUAUUAAUGAUCUUAGUUAUUUAA